AUGGCUUCCACAAAUGUUGAAUUCACGUGCUAUGUUGGCAAUUUGGAGUCGGACACAGAAGAAAAUGAUCUUAAGAAUGCAUUUUCUCAGUUUGGUGACGUUAUACAUUCUAAUGUCAUUUGCGAAAGAGAUUAUGAAUAUUUUGAUUAUGAAAACGGCUACGAAUAUGACCUUCCGGUCUCUGUGACAACGAGGAAGGUAUAUGGAUUUGUUAGUUUCAAAGAUGAGAAAUCAAUGAAGGAUGCCAUUAAGGGUUAAAGACCAUUAAUGUUCAACAGUCUCACUCAUCUCGCAGGAGUCGUCCUCGUCAUGAAGGUGGACGUGUUGGUUCGAAAAGGUCUUAGAAGAUCAAAAUGGUUAUAUAAGAAAUAAGGUUUGGUAUCAAUUAUCAAAAAAAAAUAAGAAAAUAAAAUAAGAUUUAAGUCUUUGUAACCAGUAUUCUAGAAGGUGGUGCUUUGAAUAAAGUGGUA